GGCCAACUUUGCCUAUUUCCAGGGCUUGCUAUGUAUGUCAAAAAGCAAAAAUGUCUUUCCCAUAUAAGAAUGUGCUCCUAAUUGGCGCGACGGCAGGCAUUGGCCUAGCUUUAGCUGAGCGCAUGAUCGAGAACGGCAUCUUCGUCAUCGGUGUGGGUCGUCGCAAGGAGAGGCUUGAUGCAUUCGUAGCUAAGCACGGUGCUGACAAGGCGGCGGCGUCGCAAUUCGACAUUACCGAGUUCGAUAAGAUCGAGGCGUGGGUCAAAGAAAUUACCACCACAUACCCCCUCAUCGACGUCGUGAUCAUGAACUCCGGCAUCCAGCGCACCCUCGACUUCACUAAGCCUACGGCCAUCGACCUGCCGCGCACGAUGCAGGAGCUCGGCACAAACUACACUUCUUACCUGUAUCUAAUCACGUACCUACUCCCACACCUACAAUCCCUAGCCCCGAAGCCAACGGCUCUAGUCGGCGUGACAUCAGGGCUAGCGCUCGUCCCACUACCACGAUGCGGGAACUACUGCGCGACGAAAGCAGCGAUGCACUCGCUCCUCUGGUCGAUCCGGGCACAGCUCAGCUACGACCCAUUAAGCCAGCAUAUCAAGGUAAUCGAAAUUCUGCCGCCGGCAGUACAGACAGAGCUGCACUCGCAGCAGAAGGAGCUCGUGGCGAUCGGAGAGGGUAACAUCGGGAUUCCGGUCGAGCAGUUCACGGACGAGGCGUGGGCGGGGCUAACGCGGGGCGACGAGGAGAUACCGGUUGGUAUUGUGAAGGAUCGGUUCGAUGUGACGGAGGAGCCGCGACGCGCGCAGUUUGGGAGGAUCGUGUUGGCGUUUAUGGGGAAGAGAAAAUGACUGUUGCGAGGAGCGAGAUUGUGAGGUUAGGUAAGGUGAGGAAUGCAGAGGUAUAAAAAAUAUCCGAAUAUUUGGAUCUGACGUGAGAUGCGUUCUUAAUAUAAGUGAUAGCGGCGGAUGAACUUAAGCAUAAUACAGGGGCAAACUCCGCGAUCUUCGAUGGAUUCUCCG